AUGUCCAGAAGUAUUAUCGUAUUUACCCUGGCAUUGCUGGUUUCUACUGGCGCCCAACCAGUGAGCCACAGGGAAAUGGAAUCUCUGACCACGAUUACCACCAGGCGACCCAAUCUCGUCAUCGAGGAGAUGGAACCCAUGAGGUAUCACUUCGUCACCGAGCAUCGACCCACUUCACUGGGGCAGAACUACUAUCUGAAACCGGGACAACUAGUGGGAUCCGUGGAUCUGGACUCGGACAUCCUUCAGGUGCGACACGACCAGGAUAAUGGCAAGCCGGUAUCCAGCAAGCACAACAUCCUAUUUGUGGCCUACGCUAAGGAACCUGUCGGAAAACCUGGCUCCGAAACCAAUAAUUAUUAA